AUGGGUAAAAGUACAAGAAAGCAAAAGCUUAAAAAGCAAGAUUUUCAAAAAAAAAAACUAAAAGUCGGUAAAGGGCCUGUAAGACCAUCUAAUGCUACUGACACGUCUUUUUCCACACGUAGUGUCUCUAUUCGUAACCAACACCUGAUCCAUGAUCAUGGUGAUCUUUCCAAGAGAUUCCCAUUGUUAAAGCAUCACAAUAACGUUGUUCGUAAGGAAACUUUACAACAAUUCCAAAACAAUAUUCCAGAUAUUAUCAACACUAGCAUAAUGGCACCAUUAAUAACGCAAUGUAUACCACUUAUAAACGAUGAAUCUAAACAAGUUCGUGCAGCAUCGUUGGAUCUGUUCCAUGAGAUUGGUUCUCACAAUUCACAAGUAUUACAAUUGCAUUGUCGUGUUUUUAUUUUAUAUAUUUGUAUGUCAAUGACACAUAUAGUGACUGCUAUUCAGCUGGAUUCCACAAAAUUUUUAAAAAUGAUGUUGAAAUAUUGUGGGGAAGAAAUUUGUCGAUUAGCGUGGAAUAAAUUGAUCGAUGGAAUCUUCAAUAUACUAGGAUGGUCAAAAAAUGGAAAGAAUCAUGCAGCUGGGAUCGCACAGAGUGCUAAAAGAGAUGCCCAAAGUACUUGUAGUCACCUAGAUGCUUUAUGUGCAUUGAUUGAGACUGGUUGUUUAAAUAAGCGUGCUGCAGAAGGUGAAGGGAACGAUAAUGAAGCUAGCGAAACUAUAAAUCAAUACCUUAUCCCUCAAUUUCCACAGCCGUACGAGCAUUUAAAGUUAUUUGCCCGUGAAUUGACCCAAAAUAGCUCCCAAGAAGGUGAUAAUAGCAAUGGAACUACCAAUGUCAGCAUUGCCACAGACCGCACAACCCGUGUAGCUAUUGUCAAACAACAGUACUUAUCAGAAAUUCGCAAGCAAUGUAAACUACUUGUUUCCUCUGGUGGGCCACCGGGCAAAAGCGCAAACUCCUUAAUCCAAUUGCUGGACACGGUUUACGGUGUCGAUGACCAAUUAUAG